UGCCUUUUGUACAUUAAACAAACAUACGGCUCUGACGCGAGCUGUCGAGCAGCUCGUUUGAUACACAGUAACACAACUACAUUGAUAUUGAUUUAAACUGGCGAAAAAGCUCUUGGAACGUAACAGCAGCGGAGCAGCUCGAGUUAUUAUUCUGAUACGUUUUCAGAAUUCGCGAUUCCGCGCUUCAGAGAGUUAUUUAAACAACAGCGUCUGCAGCAAGGAGACUUGUAGCACUCUACUAAAGCAUGAACCAGUAGUGGAUAUAAUAUGUGAAUGAGAAAAGGAGUCUGGGAUUGUAUUUUAUUCCACAUGCCAGCUUUCCUUGGUUCCUCCUAACAAUGGUUGGCUCCAAAGGCCAGUGGACUUUGGAUGAGUAGACCUAAAUGGGAGCAAAAACGGACAGAGUCAGCCUGCCACUAUGGCAGCUUAUGCUCUGAACAGCCUGAUAAUGAUGAACCCCAAUAACCUGACCAAUAAGAGUAGCCCUCGGACAGGAAGGCCUGUGCUCCCAGUGCCCAGUCGUUCUACAUUCAGCCCAGUGCUGGGGAGCAGCGGUGGUCCCUAUAGCCCCGGCAGCCUGAGCCCUGGGUCACCAGGAAAAUCCUUUGUCUUCCCAACAGGUACUGGCUCCAGCUGCCAAAGGGCACCUUCACCAUGUCGACGGCCAGAAUCACUAGGCGUGCAUGUGGGAAGUCGUGUGCGAAGACUGAGCGGGUCCGGCCUGGAGGAAGAACAGGAGAACGAAGAACGGCGUGCUGCUCAGCAACUCGAGCGGCACAAAGAACUGCAGAACGUGGAGGUGAAUAAGAAGGUGGACCUGUUUGAGGCCCAAAUAUCGGCUCAGGCUCACAGCCGAGUGACUCAACGAAGUCCACGAAUAUCCAGGAAAACGGUGCCUGUCCAACUGGCCAAUCUCUCCUUAAACGCAGGGGAAACACUUGUGACGCAGGACAAGGAUCACUCAGUGGGGAUCCCCAAAGAACUGCAAAAUGGAAAGCGCUUCUCUGGCAUGGAGGAGGGGCUGCAGGUCAGCGGUGAACAGAAGAACGGGGCUGACCCAAAUACAGAAGAGGGCGGCCCACUUGAGAGCACAUCAGCAGGAACUAAGAGCGAAGCUGACAGCUCUGCCGACAAUCACUCCAGGACUUCACCAGAGUCCAACAAGUGUUCAGCAUCUUGGACUGAGACAUGUUUGACAAAGGAGAGAGCUGAGCCAAAAGAAACCCAGGCAGAGCCCGACGGGGUCAGUCCAGAGGUGGGCUCAAUUCCAGCUGUCAUUAUUACAGACCACGGCAUGGAUGUCAGUGGGGAAGGCAAGGAGCUCCAGGUUAGUCCUCAACCUUACAGAGCUCUGAGAAAGCUCUCUUCUUCUUCUGCCUCGUCAACUGGAUUCUCCUCUUCCUGGGAGGAAUCAGAGGACGACAUUUCCAGUGACACAGAACGGUCCCCAGCCUUCCUGCAGACACAACAGAAAGCGCAUAAAUCAUGGAAGAAGAUCAAGAACAUGGUGCAUUGGUCACCGUUUGUGAUGUCCUUCAAGAAAAAGUACCCCUGGAUCCAGUUGGCUGGCCAUGCAGGCAAUUUUAAGGCAGGGGCCAAUGGUCGCAUCCUAAAGAAACACUGUGAGUGUGAACAGCAAUGUCUCGACAGGCUCAUGAGAGAUGUGCUAAAGCCCUAUGUUCCUGCUUACCAUGGAGAUGUAGAGAAGGAUGGAGAGAGGUACAAUCAGAUGGAGGACUUGCUGGCAGAUUUUGACCUACCCUGUGUCAUGGACUGCAAGAUGGGCGUCAGGACGUAUCUGGAAGAGGAGCUGACGAAAGCCAGGAAGAAGCCUAGCUUGAGAGCGGACAUGUACCAAAAGAUGAUCGAGGUGGACCCCGAUGCACCCACGGCACAGGAGCACGAACAGAAAGCAGUCACUAAGCCGCGCUACAUGCAGUGGAGGGAAACCAUCAGCUCCACCGCCACGCUAGGCUUCCGGAUCGAGGGAAUCAAGAAAGAGGACGGAACGGUAAACAGGGACUUUAAAAAGACCAAGACCCGAGAACAAGUGACCGAGGCCUUCCAAGACUUUGUCAAAGGAAACAAAAACAUCCUGCAUUCCUAUCUGAACCGACUGAAAGAGAUCAAGGACACUUUGGAAAUGUCGCCGUUUUUCAAAACGCACGAGGUGAUUGGCAGUUCUCUACUCUUCGUCCAUGACAAACGGGAGCAGGCAAAAGUGUGGAUGAUAGACUUUGGGAAGACUACUCCGUUGCCGGAGGGGCAGGAGCUGAGCCACAGGGCCACUUGGGUGGAGGGAAACAGAGAAGACGGCUACCUCUACGGCCUAGACCACCUCAUAGACAUUAUUUCCGAUAUGCUAACUUCUAAACCUCCACUAGAGUAAGAGGACUCUUCUUCUCUCCCUCCUGCACUACAGUUCAAGUCCUCGCUGGUUUCCCCUAAAGCUGUCCUAACCGAUCGCCCCGUCUCACCAAAACCGAAAAUUAGAAAAAGAGCGUGUAUGUUUGUAAACUUGUAGAUGCUGUACAUAUAGUGUAAAUGCCAGUGUUUUAGUUCAGAAGAUGUGUGAAUAGGAUUUUUUUUGCAGCUAGCGCUUUAACAGGCAGGUGAAUCUUAAAGCCACACUCCCUUAAUGUGCGUUCUUUUCAACAUGCUAGUGUUACGGGAAAAGUGUAAAGCACUUACAGCUAUGUUUUACUCUGUGAUCGUUUUAAUGUUUUGUUUUUAGAUGCUGCAGAAAAAUUUGCCUUGUUUUUUAUUUUACACCUGGACACCAUUUUUUUCCGGGAAAAAAAUCUAAAUUUAAAACAUAACAAUCGGAUCGACCAAUAGACGUUUGAGAUAUUUAUGUUUACGGGAUUCUAACAAUAUUCAAUUGUUUUACAGUUUUUUUUUUUACCCUUUUAACAUAAAGUAGCGUAAAAAUACAUCAUUUAUACUGAGUGCCUUUUGUAGAACAAAUUCUCCCAUUUGGUGGAUGGUCUUAUGUUGUGCUUUAUAUUUAAAUUCUUCAUAUUGACAUUCCUUAAAUUCAGUUGCCUUUUUUGUGCCUAAGUAGGGCUGGGUAUCAACACAGAUUCUCCAAAUCAAUUUUUUUUUAUGCAAUACGAUUCCGAUACAUUAGGAGUAUACAUCAUUUUAGUUUUACCGUCUAUUCUCUCUCCGGUAAUGAGAAACAACACCUUUUGGGAAUCAAGCUAGAAGUCUGCAAUUGAUUUUUAGUCUGCUAAAAAUAUGAUCUGGCUCUAGCAGUCACGCUGUAUGUUUCUGACUCACUAAUAAGAUUAAGAUUCAUACAUGAGAAAGAUGUUCCUUGUCAUCAUUUCGUAGGACAUGGCCAUUUUUCUGAACUGUGACACACUGACAACUAUGGUAUUAAAAAUAUGAUUACUUUUUCAGUGUCCUUAAAGAUUUAAGCAGCAGGGUGUAAAGUCGAAGUAAAGGCCCGUCUGUUUAUUGUAAGCGUGCACUUCAGUUUUGUUGCGUGCUGCUUUAAAUGCUCAAAAAUGGAUUCUGAUUGGCUCUCAACAAUUUUUAUCAUUCAUCGGCUGGAAAAAGUACUUUCGAAAGUUAUACCAAGGACAUUUUUUCUCUAUCGUUACAGUUUUGCAGCAGACUCUGCUAUACGUUUACAUUUCGAACGAUUUUUACAAUUAAAAUGAUUUUUUUUGCGUUAUCCUUGCUGUGACUUUAGACAGUGCCAUCUGUAGGAUAGUGCGAUGCAAUAUUACAAAUUGAAUCAGAAUCAUUCAAAUGAACAUCAUGAUUAAUUGGAAAAUCUUUAUUUUUACUCAGCCCUAUGCCCAACCAGCCUAAAAUAAGAAACGCGUGCCAAGGUUUAUUCUCAGGAAGUGGCUCCAAUUCAAGAAGACUUUAAAUCAGUCUCAUUUUUGUCUUUGAAACAAGCGAGUGCUGCAAACGUCGCUAUAGUGCCCUUGUCUAUUUGCUUAAAAUAAGAACUUUUGUUCAAGGUAAAAUAACAUUGCUUUAAAUACAGACUGUCACCUUGCACAUCUGUUGACCAAAAAUUACAACCAUUCCACACAAGUUCAAACAAUGUGAAUAGUCACGAGAGCCUUAAGUAACGUUGUUCUUCCUUUGAAAAGUGCCUGAAGGCGCCGCUCGAAUGCUGACUCGCCACUCUUCAGAGCGCAUCAUGUUUGAGAGAGGUGAUUGUUGUUUGCAUGACUAUUUGCCAUGCAAAUGAACCAUCCCUGCAUACCCCCAAACAAUGAGAUAAUGCUCCAAGCAAAAUAUCGCCGGAGAUAAAAACUAAUUUGUUGGUCAGUAUGGAAACCAUGUGCUGACACCAGCAUAAACGCAAUCAGUGAUUAGUGGUUGUUGAUUUAGCCCAGAGCGAGGAACACCUAGGGCAGACCUAUAUGUCGGGACGUCAACGCAGAGAGGCAGAGAGGUUAUCGAGAGGCCUCCAACCAAAUGUCACCGCGUGUUUUUACCCAUCAUUUAUUUAUGAUGAGAUUUCGUUGUCGUUAAAUGACCUUUUACGAAUGCAAAAGGGAACAGAGAGGACAAAAGGUUAGCGGGCGGUGUGGAAACGUUUUUCAAGUCGCUGUCCCACAGCCACGUUUCCCUAAACAUGCUUAAAAUGGGUAGGAAAAAUGAAAUAGGUCAAAUCAUAGCUGCUGUAAGUGAUUUUUUAAUAGGCCUAACGCGUGUAAACUGUCCUCGCUACCUGACUAUGGGAGAAAUAAUUCUGGUUCUGUAAUCAACCACAAAAUUGCUGCUGGUGAGCCAAGAGAGAGAAAAUAUCUAAUUAUAUGAAAAAGAAAUACAGCCCUAAAAAUGUGGCUCAUAUAAAAACAUACAUGACACAAUGAAACGCUUGCUAGGAAAAAUAACACUUCUCUCUUCUGGCAGUGCAAACAGCCACGGAAACGCUGUUUGUUAGUCAAGAGAGAGGAAAACUUCUUUAAUAUUUGUUUUCGAGAAACAUACCUCCCGCUAUAUUCACGGUGUGUCACUAACCUGAUGAAGAAAGAAAAAGGAGACUUGUUUGGAAACCAAAAAUACUUUUAAAUACAAUGGCUUACAGCAGCUUUAAUCGGGUCUAAGAGGUUUCGGGCUUAUUUAUUUUUUUACCGAAAUUACGUUUUUUCCAAAGUAAAUCUUAAAGCCUUUCUCCCCACACAAACUUAAAAAUUGAAGUAGGGCUUCCCCUGCUGUUUAUGGUGCUGUAUUACAGAGAACAAACAAAACUGACCCAAGUCCUUCUUCUUGCCCUGAAUGUUUUACAUUUCAUGCCAUUUGUGAGAGGUCAAAAACUGUGGGAAUUUCUAGUGGUGUCAUACGUAUACUUAUAUUUAUAUUUUGUUACAUUUUGCACAAGAACACUAAAUGUAGCUGCAUUGUUUUUUCUUUUCUUGUUUGUUUGGCUUUACCUCCCAUGUCUUGGUGAUAUAGCGGUUCACUGUAAUGUAAGCUAAGCUCACUGCUGUGUAAAAAAAUGUGCAAAUGUCUUCAGAGUGUGCUCUGUCUCUUUAAAAAAUAAAACUUUGAAACCAG